AUGAAUAUUUACGCCCUGGCCGCGUGUGCGGGACGCGGUGAAGCCGCGACGACGCAGCAGCGCGACGAGAUGCGCGCGCUUGUGCGCUCGUUGACGAAUCCCACGGCGGCGCCGGCGCGAGACGAGCGGCUCAACGGAACGUGGGAGUUGGUGUACGAGAGCAGCGGUUUUCCGUUCCGCUCGUCCCCGUUUUUUUGGGCCGUGGGUAAGCUCCUUGGUGAGAAUGCUGACUUCUUUUACGGCGCGCACGAGCAUCAGACGAGCAUGUUUGGCGGCGGCUGCGGGACGUGCUUGCAGAAAAUCUCCGAAGGCGCGCUCGAGAGCGACUGCAUCGUCAAGGCUUCGCUGGGCGUCCCACUCCUCGGAUUCGCCCCGCUUUUCUCUGGAUACGGUUCCGUGAUAACUAAGGGUACGACUCGGGUGUUGGACGACGACACGAUCGCGAUGCCACUGGGAUCUUUGUCGACGACGGUGCGGCAAGACGACGCCAAUGUUUUGCCAGCGUUGAACUUCUUGAAUGGCACCACGGUUCCCGUAGGCGACGUCAUGGGUCGAAUCGCCGAUGGUGAGUCCGAGGUCACCAUGCGCAUAACUUACCUCGACGAGGACAUGCGCGUGAGCGAGUUAGAGGACGGCACGCAGCUGGUCUAUCGUCGACGCGUCGCGUAA